AUGUAAUAAUUGGAAACUCAAUAUUGCUAUUAUAGUAAUUUCAAUUUAUUCGAAAGCACAUCUCAAUUAUUAAAGAAAGAUAAGUUUGUUAAAUCAUUAUUACAAACUUUAGGUGAGGAAUGGCGCAUAUAUGCAGGGUAAGCAAUUACUAUAGAAUUGGAUGGAUAAAUACAUCAUUUGGCAUGGUAAUUUUGUUUUGAGAAUUUAUUAUUUGCUUGGUUGGAAAAUGAAGAUUCACAAUAUUUAGAAUUCUAUGAUAAAUCAAUUUAACGUAUAAGUCCAUACACUAUAGGUAUCAAUAAAUAAAAUUUAAAUUAGAUGUUGUUUAUUUUAGACCUGUAAUUGAUGGAUUCUUCUAUUCUGCUUAAUAAUUAUGGCAAAAGAUGAGAUUAAGUAGGCCACCUUCAUAGGAAUCGAUAAAAUCUUUAGAUUAAAUAAAAUAAGAGGAAAUUAAACCAAUGUCAAAUAUAUUAAAACCUCUGGUGAUUGUUAGUGAAAGGAUUAUAAAUUAUUUUAGAAAGGAAGAAUAAGCUUAAGCUUAAAGAAUUGAAUAUCCUCAAUAUUAAUAGCCAAGUUGGAAAUAAAUCUCUAAACUUACAGAAGAUUCUUUACCACUUGAUUUAGUGGAGAAUGCAUACAUAUAUGUGAGUUAAUUCAUAUAAAAAACUUACAAAAAUUGUCAAGUUGCUAAAUCAUUUAUUGUUAAUAUAAUUGAACUUAAUCAUGAAGUAUUAAGUAAAUUUUAGAUUUAAAAUUAAUAAAUUAAAAUUAGAAUCAUGUAACCAUCUAGUUUAAUGUAUGAUAAUUUAUUAUCAAUUUGGACAUUAGCAAAUGCAGGAAUUUAACCCUAAUAUUUUGAUUUAAUUGAUAGGGCAAAAUCUUUAUUAGGAAAUAACUGGAAAGAUAAUUUUAAAUAGCCUAUUGAAGUAUUUUUUUAGAUGAUGGCAAAAUUGUAUGGAAAUAUUAUUUUAAAUCCAUAAAUAAAGUCAGAAGAUUAAUUAAAUCAUUUGUUAUAAAACGUAAGAAUUCAAAUGGCUUAAUUAUGGGAAUAGGAAAUAGUUUAAUCAACAUUAUAAAAAUAAUGA